AUGCGCGUUACUGCAAGAUUGGACGUGUUACGAGCCCUCUUGAGCAAUUUUGGAACUCGGCUCCGCCACCACCAACCCUCGGUCACGGCCAAGAAGUCAAAUGACAUUGUAAUAGGCAGCAUGGAAGGAAGAGAACAUUCAGAGCAGGAUGGAGUCCAUGGUGGUGAUGGAAAUUAUGGAACCAACUCCGGGCAACGAGAAGAAAUUGAUGCAGAAAGUCUCGGCACGAGAGCCGAAAGGGAAGUCAUGAAAAUCGUUGCGGAACCAGCCAAUAACGCCCUGACAGAACGGCUAGAACGAGACAACCUCGAGCAAAAACAUGGAAACCGCGAAGAGCUCAUUCAAAUGGCAAUAGACUUUAAUGAAGUUAACAAAGCAGAAAAGUGUGCCAAGGUGGCAAGCACUCCUAGAUACGCAAGCGAAACAAAGAACACAACAACCCAGCCAUCACUCAUUCAAAUGGCAGUUGACAUAAACGAAGCUGCCGCAACAGAAAAAUGUGCCGCAAAGGUGGCAAGAAAUCCUAGAUAUGCGUCGACCCUGUGCGAGAUGGAUUUCUUUCGUGGAGGAAACAAACGGGACACAGCGGCACAGACCUCACGAGACACAGCAGCAGCACAGACGUCAAGUAGUCAAAGAGAACCAGACGCCACAGUGGCAAACCCACCCUCUGAAACAGCCGCCGCCACAGUCCCAACAACAUUGGCACCAACCCCUACCAAUAAUUCUGUUUGGACCUGGGACUUGCCUUUUCCAAUCUCCAACACCACUAUGCAUGUCUUAAUCCAGGACCCUUUUGGCAAUGAGACGGCAGUAUCAAAAGCCUACCUUUGGGUUCUCCAAGAUCCAUACCGGCAAAACUAUUCGGAGCAAAGACUUCUGCAGCGAUUUGUCAUGGCAGUAUUCUACUUUUCCACAAUUGGCGAAGAGUGGAUACAUCAGGGUGGAGGCACAGUGACUAUUGCAGCAGAAGCCCAAGACGGCAACGGGGGUAGCCCCCCACGAGGGAACAGUACCGCUGGCAGGCCACCACAAGGAAACAGCACCGGUAGUAGACCGCCAGGAGGGAACAGCAACAAUGGCGGACAAGGUGGGGGCAGAAUGUUAUGCGCACGGCAAACGAUGCAGGACGUAAUACCCAGAGUGCUUCAACAAGGUACAUCAACUCAACCUGGCAUCACUUGGAUAAACAUUACGUCAGAGAGAUGGCUGUCGUACAGCAAUUCAAGCUCAGAGUGUGACUGGUACUCAACAGAAAUCGUUAGAGGACAUGAGGCUUGCAAUGGAAACAAUAGUUUGACGUUCCUUGGUAUCAAGCAAAACAACAUUCAGGGUUCGCUGCCUGGGGAGCUGGGGUUACUAACAUCCUUAGAAAUUCUUGACAUAUCUCGAAACUCGAUUGGUGACACAAUCCCAACAGAGAUCUUUGCUCUGUCGAAACUUUGGGUGUUCACGUUGUACCAAAAUCAAUUACAAGGAACGGUUCCGUCUGAAAUUGGUCUCCUCUCAGACACACUAGAAAACCUUUCAUUACGUAACAAUGUACUAACAGGGACAUUGCCCCAAGAACUCUUCAUGCUAUCCAACCUCAAACACCUUGGACUUAGUUCCAAUCGUCUUAUGGGAUCACUUCCCAGUGAUAUUGGCUUUCGCUUGCCAAAACUAAGCAUCCUAGACUUCAGCAGAAGUCUAUUCGGUGGAACCUUACCGUCUUCAAUAGGCCUCUUGACUGCGAUAAGGGAUCUUGGGUUCCAUAACACUGGAGUCUCUGGUACCCUCCCCACAGAGCUCGGUGGGUGUGCAAACCUGGAAAGGUUGCUUGGACAGGAAAGUAACUUUUAUGGAACUUUACCGUCAGAGUUGGGGAUGCUAACUAGCCUACAGACAAUCAAUGUGCAAGGAAACCCAGGAUUGAUUGGAAAUAUCCCCUUUGAAUUUACAUUAUUGAACAGGACGCUUCAAGCUUUUAAAAUUGGUGGAACCUCCAUUACUGGAACUAUUCCACAGGAUAUGUGUGGGAUCAAUCAUCUUAGCUUUGAUUGCUCUGAAUCCCUGUGUGGCUGUGAUUGCGCUUGCCCAGAGGCUUAG